AUGGAUGAGCUGGCUCGAGAGAGUAUCAAUCUACUGGCCAAGCCAAGUUCACUGAACACAGAGAGGUCAGGUCUGUCAUCCUGUGGAGCAGUAUUCAUCCUGUUAAAAUCAGCCCUUGGUGCUGGACUCCUCAACUUCCCCUGGGCUUUUGGCAAAGCAGGAGGGAUCCACACAGCUGUCACCGUGGAGAUGGUAUCUCUCAUCUUCCUCAUCAGCGGCCUGGUGAUCCUUGGUUACUGUUCUUCAAUCAGCCAGCAGUCCACCUACCAGGGGGUGGUGAAGGAGAUCUGUGGGCCCACCCUCGGGAGACUGUGCGAGAUCUGCUUUGUCUUUAAUGUUUUUAUGAUCUCAAUCGCAUUUCUCGUCGUCGUUGAGGAUCAGCUGAGCAAAUUGUGUGACUCAAUGGCGAAUAAUGAAACCAUGGCAGAUGGUGCGGACCCACCCCGGCCCUGGUACACGGACCAUCGACUGGGACUCUCCGGCGUUUGCCUCUUUGUCAUCCUGCCAUUAUCAAUCCCGGAGGAGCUCAGCUUUCAGAAGUACAGCAGUAUCCUGGGAACCUUGGCAGCUACAUAUCUCACAGUUAUGGUGGUGGUGAAAUUCUACCUGAAGACAGAUUCCAAAUUCAUCCCAGAACAGCACAGCUCCAGUGUUCCUUCGUGGACAGCCAUUUUCACAGUCAUGCCAACAAUUUGCUUUGGAUUCCAGUGUCAUGAGGCCAGUGUGGCAAUCUACAGCAGGAUGGAGAACAGGAAACUCUCCCACUGGAUCCUCAUCUCUGUCCUCUCUAUGGUGGCGUGUCUGCUAAUUUACUCCAUCACUGGAAUGUACGGAUACUUAACAUUUGGUACAGAUGUGGCUGCAGAUAUGUUAAUGUCAUACCCAGACAAUGAGGUGUUAAUUAUAAUAGGAAGACUGCUGUUUGGGAUCUCCAUCAUCACCAUCUAUCCUAUAAUACUCCAUUUGGGCAGGUCUGUCAUUCAGGAGCUGUGUGUAAAGUGUCGUCCUCAGAAUGUAAUGCUCGCAGCAUCAUCCGAGAGGAGACUGAGGCUCUUUCUGACAACUUGCUGGCUCCUGGUCACCAUGGUGAUAGCACAGUUUGUCCCAGACAUCAGCGAAGUGAUCAGUCUCAUCGGGGGCAUCAGCGCUUUCUUCAUUUUCAUUUUCCCAGGCCUGUGUCUAUUCUGCACCAUUCAAGCAAGGCCUGUGUGUCCCAGAAUCAGGUUGUCUUCGAUGGCCUGGGGAACCAUUAACAUCCUGUGUGGAGUGUUCAUCUUCGGACAGAGUACAGCCAGCGCAGUGAUUGAGCUGAUAGAGGAACUGGCCUAAAGCCUGGGAGUAUGGAAUCCAAACGGGCUUCACCGUGCGUCCAGUAACAAUAACCUGGGUUAACUGUCAAAUACUAUCAGCAUUUUGUUUUAUCAGGGCAUGCUGCUGUGUGCGUGUGUGUCUGUGUAUGUUGGCUGUGUGUGUAUAUAUCUGAGUGUGUGCACGUGUUUAUCUGGAUGUGUGUACAUGUCUGAGAGUGUGUACGUGUGUGUCUUGGGGUGUGUGAAUGUAUCUAGGAGUGCUUGUGUUGUUUGUGUGAGUGCGUGUGUUUUGGGAUUGUAUGUAUUGGGUGUGUGUUGUUGGGUUCCAAGGGCAGAAUCUUAUGAGGAUCCAAAUAAUGUGUGCUCCGGAAAGAUGUGCAGGAGAAUCAGGCAACAAGAGUAUAGCAAGGCCCACCUGGAUAUUGGGAGCAUCUUGUACAGUCCCACAAGUGGAAUAGUGAGAUUCUCACUCGGCAGUGGCGAGUUAACAACUGACUAAAAUACCUUGUUAACAGCCCAACUCACUUCAUUAACAUUCAGUGUUCCAUCUUGGCAAACUCACCAAACAUGCUCAACAUCAGGAAAAUUUGGCAAGUGAACCAAAGUUAGCAUCUGGCAGAUUCAAUUCACUGCUUGCUCUGAUUGACCUCCAUCUUGGAAACCAGGCACCAGCAUCUCAGUGUAUGGUCUGCAAGCACAAUCUAUAAGCAGCCUACGUCUAUAGACAUUGGCAUUCGACAUGUGCCAGCUUCUAUGAUCCCUAACAUGGUGCAUCUCUGAUCCAUCUAUGGGAUGCUUCUGAACUGAAAGCUGCAUCUUGCGCUCCCCGACAAUUCUCGUUGUAAUGCUACAUUAAGGACACUGUGCUCAGGGGCAUGCACCCAGCUCAGGGACUGGAGCAGGCUGCAUCACUGGGAUUUUCCCUCCCUGUCAUAGCACUUUGAGCCAACCCUGAUGUAUACAGCAUCGUGAUGUUGCCUUGCCUUUCUGUAUUUUCUCCCUCAGCCGGAUUUACCACUGUACUGUUGCCUUGACCUGCCAUGUAAGAACAAAGAGCAAAGAAAUUUACAGCAUAAGAGCAAGCCCUUCAGCCCUUCAAGCUUGCUCCAAUCCAGGUCCU